CAGCGAAACGUUGGUGGAGGUUUGUGACCGUUAUGAAGCAACUCUCCGUAUCACCCGCUAGCUAAAUAAAACGCCGAAAUGUUCUUGUUUUAAAGGAGAUAAAAUCACUCGACAUUAUGUAUAUUUAAUUUACAUCUUACCGUCGUCGUCUUCCCUCUAACUGAACGGUGAACACCGGCAGUGAACCGACGUUACCGGGGGGAGUGUUGACGGUGUGACACCAGCCUGGAGAACAAGACGCCGAUCGCAUCUCUUCACUGUGAAUUUGUUUUAGCUCCAUUCUCCAUCUAAUUAUUUACGUUUUAUCCAUCGUAAAUGAGUUGCAGAGGAGACAGCGACGAUGACAGCUGCAGUAAACGGAGAGUCGCGUACGUGUACAGCCCGGAGUACAUCGAGACUUGCGACAGUUUAUCCAAAGUGCCAAACCGGGCAAGUAUGGUCCACUCCCUGAUAGAAGCCUAUGGACUCCUUCAAAACAUGAGCACAAUUAAACCUCAACUGGCCACCAUCGAGGAAAUGGCCAAGUUCCACACUGACUCGUACCUGGAGCAUCUUCACAAGAUCAGCCAAGAUGGCGACAACGACGACCCCCAGUCGGUCGACUACGGCCUUGGUUAUGACUGUCCAGUGGUGGAGGGGAUAUUUGAGUACGCUGCAGCAGUAGGGGGCGCUACACUGACAGCCGCCCAGUGUCUGCUGGACCAGAAGUGUGACGUUGCCAUCAACUGGGCAGGCGGUUGGCACCAUGCAAAGAAGGACGAGGCGUCAGGCUUCUGUUAUGUGAACGAUGCUGUUCUGGGAAUCCUCCGACUGAGGGAGAAAUACGAGAGAGUCCUCUACGUGGACGUUGACCUGCAUCACGGAGAUGGCGUGGAAGAUGCCUUCAGCUUCACAUCCAAAGUCAUGACCGUCUCUCUGCACAAGUUCUCUCCUGGAUUCUUCCCAGGCACGGGUGAUGUGUCUGACACGGGGCUGGGUAAAGGCCGUUGGUACGCCGUGAAUGUCCCGCUGGAGGACGGCAUCAAAGAUGACAGAUACUACCAGAUUUUUACCAGUGUGAUGCAGGAAGUGCAAGCGCACUUCAACCCUGAAGCACUGGUGAUGCAGCUGGGUGCCGACACAAUGGCGGGCGACCCUAUGUGCUCCUUCAACAUGACACCAGUGGGGGUGGGCAAGUGUCUGCAGUAUGUCUUAGGGUGGCAGCUACCUACACUGCUGCUGGGAGGAGGAGGUUAUAACUUGGCUAAUACGGCUCGUUGUUGGACCUACCUGACGGCAGUAGUGCUGGGAAAGACUCUUUCCUCUGAGAUACCAGACCACGAGUUUUUUACAGAGUACGGCCCUGACUACUCGCUGGAGAUAAGUCCAAGCUGUCGACCAGACCGCAACGACAGCAAACACCUGGACCAAGUCAUCAGCACCAUCAAAGGGAAUUUAAAGAAUGUGGUUUAGGAGUCAGCAGCCUCCUCCUCCUCCACACACACACACACACACACACACACACACACACACACCCACCAUGUUUCCAAACCAGGUCGAUGCUCGGCGGCUUUAAUGAAGACAAUAUGGAGCGGACCCCUUCGGCCCUGAGGCACGGAGCAAACGAGGGAGGGAUGAAGGCAGCAAAAUGAGAGCGAGUGAGGGUUUUUGGAAAACAUUAGCUGAGUGUUUCCAGGGGAAAACAGCUUAAUAGAGGGAGGGGGGGGGGGGGACAAUGUUCAGUGUUUGCUGUUUUUAAUCAUUUGUUUUUUUGGAAAAGGUACAUGUGUGUGAAUGAGAGGGUUUGUGGUGAGUUCAGCAAGGGCUUGUAAAAAUGAAUUACAGCAUUUUUUUCAGUGCACCCAGAGUUUUUGGUAUCAAGGGAUGCGUUUGUGUACAUCCCAUCAGUCAGAGAGAUUGUAAACUAAACAGAAAAACAGAUUUUUGCAGGCGUCCGGUUUCAUGUUCACCCUGGUGCUGCUGUGAUUUCAGCCCCCUGAGGACAGAAAAUCACUAAAACAGACAAAAGGGUUCCCCAAAGGCCUCGUUAUACUUGUAAAAACUCCUGGGUUUCUGAACAGGUCCGGAAAUUCCUGAAAAGUACAUUAAAUUAAUUCUCUUGUCUUGAGAAACUUGGAAAGUUUACAAAUAAACAGUCUGGAAAAGUUUGCAAAAUAGCCGGUUACACAUUGUGGAAGUUGAUUUGCUCGGGCACAUUGUUUUGACCGCUGGGCAAAAUCUGCAAAUUAAACAUCUGGACAGAGUUUGGAAUUUUAAAUGGAAAAUAUGCAGGGAAAGUUAAAAACUUUUUUCCAUAGACAGACAAUAAAAAAGAUUACAUGAACUUUUGGAGGAUUUUAGAUAAAAGCAGCAGUCUGGCUCGACAGGAGAAGAAAGCAAAAUCAAUUUAUUUCAGGUCAUUAAAUAAACAGGACUGGAAACGUUUGAAGGUCACUACAAAGUUCUGUAUGAUUCCUAGCUGUAGCAUCACAUUUGUCAAUGUGUUUAACUUCCAUUAUACCUUUUGUCAUUGACUGAUAUCUUGGGAAUCUGUGGGAACUUUAAAAAAGCAAGAAUUGGUGGAGCCCAGUCUGCAGUAUAAACAAUUCCUCUGUUAAAAAAAAUAAACAAAACGUGAUCUGCACUGUUGCUAUAAUGUCUCCAAGGUUAUCUGCAAAGUAAAUGUAUAGUUUGUAGGUUUUUGUUUUUAAAACUCAUCGCAGAAAAUCGCAGUUUCAUUCUUUAAUGUAGGUCAUUAAGAUGCCUAAAACGACUCUAAACAUAGAUGCAAAGUGCAUCUGUUUAGUCCCAUGUCUGUAGAAGUUUGGAAAAACAGAAAAAUCUUGUUUAAUCCCCCCAGCUGUAGUGUUUGUGAUGUGGCACGCUAGUCACAUCGCACAGCUUUAACUGCUUCACAUCAAACUGAACAGCGACCAGAUCCUCCUAAUGAAGCUGAGGCACAUGUGGGGUUUUGACACAAGUGGAAAAACAAGUGAAGGCUCAGCGUUGGUAGCAACGCAGAAAUGUUUGGAAAAUGAAUUGGAUCCAUUUUUGAAUUUGGGAUUGCACUAACUCUGAAAAAAAUCCCAAUCCCGUUGUUAGGAGCCAAAUUGCCUUUUAAAAAGUUCAUUUCUGAUUUUAGAAAUAGUCGUUUUGCAAACUCAUCGUCCAACUUUCAGCCCCAACCAUAACCCUACAGUUUUAAACUACAUCUUCCAUAUUUGUUCAAACUCCAUCCACUGGAAGAUUUGAUCAAAAGCUCUGGAAAAAGCUAGAAGGUGGCCCUUGAGUAAAGAUUGUUUGUCAGACUAUAAUAAUUGUGGUAACUAAAAUCAGUUGUAAAGCAUUUAAAUCCAUUAUUAUUUAGUUCUGAAGAUUCAAAGAUCAGUUCUAGUCUUUUUUUGUCAUUUUGUUUGUAUCUUUCUUGCAAAUGUUUUAAAAGUUUGAAAAUCCUGCCCUAUCUUUCACAUUUAACAGGCUACGGGCGGUUUUAAAUGUAACUUCCACCACAAUGUUUAAUUCCCAAUAUAUGUAAGUUACAAUACUGUUCACAAAACUGUAAACUCACUGUCAUUUAACAAAAAUCAAACAUGAAAUCUUGCACAGGAAUAUUUUAGCAAAUUAAUCUAUCAUAUUGUUGCAUGGAAACUGUUUCCUUUUUUAUGUUUAUGCAUUUGUGCAACUUUUUAUUUUUAACUGUUGCCAUGUUUUCAUGUACAUACCACAGGCGUUUGUUGAAAUAAAAGACAGGAGAGCA